AGUGAGUUACUUUUUUUUUUUGAAUUAACAGUGAGUUACUUUUGAAUCCUACAAAAGAAAACGAGAAAAAAAAUUAGUCUUGAAAGUAGAAAGUGGGAGAUUUCAAAGAAAAAUCGCUUCACAAUAUUCAAGACAAACUGGACUUUAUUCGACAACAUCCUCAAUUUCGGAAUUCAAAUACUUUAAGUUGAAGUUUUGGUGUUCUGCUUUGAUCCUCACAGAGCAUUUCACCAUGGCUGGGCAAUCGUGGCUGGUUGACUCAAACAGAAUUGCUACCAAAAUUAGGAGUGCGUCUGGUGCAGUUGAUCCACAAGAAAUCCAGUGGAAAAGCAACCCGACGAAAAGUUGCCCAAAUUGCCAUUAUGUCAUGGACAACAGUGAUGCCCCUCAUACGUGGCCAGGAUUGCCUCGUGGUGUGAAAUUUGAUCCUACAGAUCAAGAGAUUAUCUGGCACUUACUCGCAAAGGUUGGUAUUCAGGAUUUCAAGCCUCAUCCCUUUAUUGAUGAAUUCGUUCCAACCGUUGAAGAAGAAGGUGGCAUUUGUUACACUCAUCCUCAAAAUUUGCCCGGUGUAAAGCAGGACGGAAGCGUAUCACACUUUUUCCACAGAGCAAUUAAAGCAUAUAGUACUGGGACAAGAAAGCGUAGAAAGAUCCAUGGCGACGAUUGUGGCGAUGUUCGUUGGCACAAAACUGGCCGCACGAAGCCUGUACUACUUGAUGGUGUGCAGAAAGGAUGUAAGAAGAUUAUGGUUCUGUAUAUAAGCCCUGUGAGAGGAGGGAAGGCUGAGAAGACUAAUUGGGUGAUGCAUCAGUAUCACCUGGGUACGGGGGAAGAUGAAAAGGAAGGCGAAUACGUAAUCUCGAAAAUAUUUUAUCAGCAGCAGCAGCAGCAACAAACCAGACAGAUUGAGAGGGCUGAAGAAGAAAUUUCUGAAGCAGCCCCUCAGACGAUGACUCCUAAGGUGGAUCCCGUCACCCCAAAGUCCGUGACUCCUGAGCCUUGUGUGGAGAGGAGAUUCUCCAAUCACGAGGUGUUGCAAGAUUCUACUGCUCCUCUUACCUUUGAGCAUGAGGGCAACAUUAUGAUAGAUGAGAUAGAAACUCCCUUUGCGCAAACCUACGAUCAACAUCACAAUGAUGUGGAGAAUCAGACAGAUGAAGCGGUGGCAGAAACGAGUGAGGAAGAAGACGCUGAAGAGAGCAAAUGGUGGGAAAAUGAGUCGCAGUUUUUGCUGAGCUCACAGCAGCUCGUGGAAGGGCUAUCUCUCUGUGACGAGUUUCUGCAAAGCCAGUCUCCGGGCAGGGAUGAGAACGGAGACGGUCAAGGACAGAAAGGUAAAGCUCUACUACGCGAAUAUGCUCAUUUAGGACCAGAGGACUUGAAGAGGGACUUGGAGGAGUGCCAGAAUAUGGCUACUGAUCCAGCAAACAUUGAACUCGACACCCCUCCCGACUUUCGCUUGAGCCAACUCGAAAGCUGCUAUGCCUUUUUCAUCUGCAUUCGUUCCAACUUUUUCUGUUACACGCAGAACUCGACGUUCUUAAAUUCUUGCAGGAGUUUGGGUCUCAGGACAGCUACAUUGCGUGGGGUGAAAGCUUCCGAGGAGGGAAGGUGAUCGACUAGAUUCGAAGCUAACAAGUUGAUGAAGCAAUUCUUUUUGUGGAGCUUUUUCAACACUUCCUUUUGCUGCUACAAUUUCUUAAACAAAUCUACGGUAUUAUGUAAUCCAUUUUGCUGUCUUGCUCAGGCUUGCUUAAACAAAUCGACGGCAUUAACCUGCUCUGCUUGUAAAGUUUAUGAUAUCGUGCAGAAAUUACGACUUGCCA